GUGCACUCGGUUUGAAAUCGGAAAGUUGGCGGGGCUGCGGGAGCUGAGCCGAGAGCCCGGCUGUUGGCUAGAGUGGGCGCGGAUCUGGUGUGGGGAAGGCGGCGGGACUCAGGCCUGCCUGCGAAGGUGAGGGAGUUGGGCGCCGAGCUGGGCUCCUUGGCCCCCCUGUCGCGAUAAGGGAAACAUUGUCCUACAUAAUGGUAGAGGACGAACUGGCACUAUUCGAUAAAAGCAUAAAUGAAUUUUGGAAUAAAUUCAAAAGUACGGACACCUCCGGUCAGAUGGCGGGACUAAGAGAUACCUACAAGGAUUCCAUCAAAGCAUUUGCAGAAAAGCUGUCUGUGAAAUUAAAGGAAGAAGAACGAAUGGUUGAGAUGUUUCUGGAAUAUCAAAAUCAGAUCAGCAAGCAAAAUAAGCUCAUUCAAGAAAAAAAGGGUAACUUGUUAAAAUUGAUUGCUGAAGUAAAAGGCAAAAAGCAGGAAUUGGAAGUACUGACUGCAACUAUCCAGGAUCUUAAGGAAGAAUAUUCUAGGAAGAAGGAAACUAUUUCUACUGCUAAUAAAGCGAAUGCAGAGAGGUUGAAAAGGUUGCAGAAAUCUGCAGACUUAUAUAGAGAUCGACUUGGACUAGAAAUUCGAAAAAUUUAUGGUGAGAAAUUGCAGUUUAUAUUCACUAAUAUUGACCCUAAGAAUCCUGAGAGCCCAUUUAUGUUUUCCUUGCAUCUCAAUGAAGCAAGGGACUAUGAAGUGUCAGAUAGUGCCCCUCAUCUUGAGGGCCUAGCAGAAUUUCAAGAGAAUGUAAGGAAGACCAACAAUUUUUCAGCUUUUCUUGCCAAUGUUCGGAAAGCUUUUACGGCCACGGUUUAUAAUUAACGUACAAAUAGUGUAUAUAAAAACGGUUUUUCUUCUCUA